UGGGCCAGCGGUUUUUUGCUCGCCGCCAAAUGCAAAUUGAUGCAAAUCGAUGCAAAUUACACUCGCGCUGGUGAGCUUGGUUUUUAUGGUCCGAUGGCGAUGGAAGGUGCGGCGUGGUUUGCCCUUUUUUCAACCGUUUUUCUAGCCUCUCAAGGCAGAGGUCAAGGUAAGGUUUACUUUUCUUUUUCAAAUUAAUGGAUACUCGCUUACACCUCGUUUACAGAUUUAUGAGGAAUUUUUUCGUGCGUGUAUGAUUUUUUGUUUUCCCCAUGCACACGCAAUUGAAUGUCACUGAGGCAUUGAAUUGUUCUGUGAACCUAAAUAAUUUGGUUACGGUUCCUUAUUCUGGCAAAAUUUCCUUAUAGUAACUUCUUUUUAGUUCAGGGUGUUAUAUAACGUUAGAAUGGAUAUUGCGUACUUUUCAGAAAUGUUAAAUUAAAUUUGCAAUUAAAAAUGUGUGGUUUAAAUAUGACGUUAUCAGAGCGUAAUGUUUGGUGCAACGAAAGAAGAUACUCUUAAAGUCUUUUUUUCCUACAUCUAGAUAUUAUAGAAAGCUAAGAUGUAUAUAGUUUAGUUUACAUAACACAAAAAGUUGACUUUGCUGUUCAAUCGUUCUAGUGAAAUGUUUGUAUGGGUAGUUAAAGACAAAAAUCGUUUAUCUCCUUCCUCUGUUUAAAGCCAGAGACCUUAUUUCAUUAUGCCCCUAAUUAAUUUUCUUUUGCAUACAGAAAUUAAGCAAUUUUGCAAACUAACAUCACUGAAUCGUUUGUACCAAAAAUGUACACCAUCCAUUGCCAAAAAGGCACCCUGUUCAGUUAAAGACGCUUAAUAUGAAAAGACUCAAGACCCUGAACAACCGCACUCUAUUCAGUGAGGCCUUCCAAGGGGGGUAGCUGUGUCGCAAUGUCGCUUGCUUUAGGAGACCGUUGUCGCCUAAUCUACAGCUGCAAAUGUCGCUGUCGUUUUUUGAAGUGUACAUAACUGUACCAGUAAUUUUUGUUUUGCGAGAAACUGUUUCGCAACAGGGCUAUAACAGGAUUUUCAUGGUGGUCAGUUGGCAAAACUUUGUGAGCGGCGAAGGAUGAACGCUUCUUCUUGUUCUUUAAGGGUAGGCUCCUGCAGAAAAAUUUGGAAAAUCUGAACCCUCAGAAAUGCAAUUUCCUGUAUUCUGAGUCACUUUUAUUGAUAAAAUGCACAACUUUCCAACGUCACCGUCGUUUUUCACUGUUUAGUAUGUCGCUGUCGCAUUUUAGCAGCGUAGGCAUGUCACUUCUCGCUUUUUAAAAAUUCCCAUGUCGCCAGUUUUCAGGGCCGUGUCGCAUGUCGCUUUUACCCCUUGGAAGGCCUCUUCAGUGGCACUUACGUGUUAGGCCAAAUUAGGGAGUGCCCCUUGGGUUUUAGUAUUUGUGAUGUCAUUAGAGCAUAUUAUAUUAUAGUGUUAUCUGGUUUAAUCAAAUAAAAAAAUCACCAGUAUUGUUUUUUAUAUUAUUGCUCAAAAAUGUUUCUAAGAGAAUUAUGAACACCUUGCCUGAAAUCUAAAGGGUUUAGGGUUGCUGUUUGUCACAUUUGUCUGUAGAAACAUUGCAAAUUAUUCACUAUGUUUCAUUCCUUUUUUGAGAAAACAAGGAAAAUGUACUAAGGUUACUUUUUUUCUUCAUUGACCUUACUUGCAUUAAUCCUUCCAUUGUUUGUUCUGAGUACAAGGACUGAAUUAUUGAAAUUAUAUAUUUUUCAGGUAAUGAAAGAAGAAAUUAUGGAUCAACAAGCUAUUGCCCUCAAACUAACUUUCUUCCAAGCAUCCCUGCUCCUGAAGCUAAGCACUGCGAUUACAGCAGAGACUGCAGCAAAAUAGACUGUGUUGUAAGGCAAGACCCUCAAAAGCUAAGAGUCAUUCUCAAGUUGAAUACAUGCAAAGUGCCAUGGAAUGCCACAGUCACAUUGAAACAGCCAGAGAGCAAUUUAACUUGGUCAGCAACUUUGAAAGAUGGAGAAAAAGCUAAGCUGGAUGUGAUACCGAGUAUGUUAACAGGGGGAAUACCAGUUUCUAAUGAUUCCUUUUUUGUGCGUGUUGGCCUCAGGAAACAUGGAGAGCAGCUCUUGGAUUACACAGUAAAGACCUCAAAAUAAUUUCUAUCCCAUGACAGUAAAAUUGUUAGUUGUAAUUUAAUGUUACUCCUUUAUUUAGACCAAAAAUAAUGCAUUUAUGGAUGAAAAAAUUCCAGCUUGUUAUUUUUAUUCUCUUUUAUGACGUACUGAGUUAUCACCCCAGUCUCAGACUCAUUAAUCAAGUUAGAUUUAAUUUUUUUCUCUUCCCACAAAACCCUCUCUCAGAGAGGCAAAAUUUUUUAUGUUUCUGGCAAAAAGUCAAAUAUACAUUCUGUGUACUCACAAUACCCGCCAUCUUUGUAGGUGCAUUAAGAUCAAUUACUUCAGGGGAAAAACAAGUGAAAAAAAUUUGCCAAAAUGAGCGACCUCGGUUGAGUUUGUUUUUUGCAAACCAAGACAAAAAAUAAAUAGUCAUGCAAAAUGCAUAGUUCAAGUCUUGACAAGAUUUACAUCAUUACCGUUUGCUGUAAGGACAUCUAUGGUUACUACUACAUCCAAAAAAGUAGCAAUGGUCACUUCCACCCAUAACUUUCCUUUAUUGUCUUUAAGAUGAAACUUGUCUAGAAUAAACAAACUCGACCAGUAUUUCUUACAUUGGCCAAUGUUUUCACUUGUUUGCCCCCUGAGAAACCAUUUGACUUUGUUUUUCCCAUCAUAAUUUCUCAAGUGCAUGCAAAGAUGGCGGGUAUUGCGAAUAAGGUCUAUUCCCACAAAAUAUUAUUGUUGGCGUGUGGCUUUUAAAGACAACUAUUAGCUGCAGUGGCUUUGUCAAACAACAUGAUGUCCAUAUCAAUCAAAUUUGGUGUUCAUGUCUCAGCAAGAGUGAAUCAAAUUUCAACAUUUACCUUCUCUUACAACAAAUAAUUUCUUUUAAUGAGUAUUUCUUUCAGUGGCUCUUUUGGCACAUGCAACAUUUGUCUCUUUUCUCUUUUAGGUGGAAAUACUUCGUAACUUGAAAAUGUCUGAUGUUGUAAUACCAGUGAAUGUGACAUUACUGAGUGGAAGUGCUCCUUUGGGGAUGACCAUUUGUGGUAAGCUUGUUAAUGUAAUGGGGUAUUGUCUUUUUGAAUAUUAUAUACACUGCCAAUUAUAAAUACAUUGUUAACUUGUUCUUUCCAUGACAUCUGAUAAAUAUAAUAUGCAACUCAAGUUAUGUCAGGCACUUUUUAUGAUGACAAUGAUCAGACAGUCACCUUGUAGAGUCCAGCUUUGGUCCAACUGUCCCAGGCCAACUGUUGUAAUCACCCACCAAAACUCAUCUUCUUUGCAUUUUUAUAGGUAGUUCUUGUUAUAAAUAGUUAGUAUGGGAGUUGCUGGCUCAUGAGGAGAAUAAGUUGCGGGUCCUUUUUUCAGCCAGGAAUUACUUUUGCUGUUAAUAAUGUUGCAGAUGCUGUCGAAGUAGUACAUGGAGAAGAUCACAGUGAGCGUCAAGAGGAACAUCAAAAUGUUACAAAGUCAUGUCAACCGGAUAAGACAAAGCCAAACGUUAAGGAAGGAACAUGCCCUCCUGUCUGCUUAACUGGUGGAACCCUAUGUCCAGUUACCAACCAUUGUAGUAAAAUAACUUGCACAGCACCACCAGAAGACAAAGGGCCUGGAAUGAAAAAACUGACCAUAGAACUUAAUGGAUGCAGAGAUGUGCAAACAGCAACUGUUACCAUACAAUCUUCUAAACCUGUCGCAACAUGGUCACAUACAUUUAAAAAUGGUGAUCGAGCAGUUGCUCCCAUGUCUUCAGGAGUUGGUGUCAAAGUACGGCCAUACUUGAAGGUUGAAUUGGUUAAAGCAAAGGCCAGCAUCAUGUUCAAGGUAACAAGUGGGCCUGUAAUGAAGAACUAUGGUUAAAAGCUCCACUCAUAAAUGCCUAAAAUGUAAAUAGUUAUUUAAUUUAAAUAACUAGCAAAAAAUUACUGGAUGGGGCUGAAAAUGAUAUCAAGAAUUUAUAAUGUUGGUCAAGAAGGGUGUUAUCUGCUGAGGCUGAGGGCCCAGUGAGUAUCAUCCUGCGAGAUCAGCACAUUCCUCAUAUCACUUAAAAGCUGAAUCCAAUACUGUUCUGUGUGUUAAGUUCUCAUCUUCAAAACAUUUGUCUGUUCCUUGAAAGUUUCACUUUCUGAUUUAAAGGAUAUUUUUUCUUAGCAAACAUACCUCAUAAAGCAGGUCACCAUCCAUCUGAAACAUUUUUUCUUUGCUAUUCUUGCUAUGCUUUUGUGGCAGUAGUACUGCUACGUUGUCUUCGCAUAUCAUGUGAGAUCCACCCAUCUUCUCUAGCUCUGCGGUGUUGAAACAGCUGAAUCGCCAUGCCCCUAAUUCUGUCAAUAUCAAAGUGAUUUAUGCCCCACAAUUACUUUACUUGUUGGUAUUGUAAAUUACCGCCGCCUGGUUAGCUCAGUUGGGAGAGCGCCGGUCUACUGAGCGGGAGGUCGCGGGUUCAAACCCCGGCCGGACCAACACUCAGGGUCUUUAAAUAACUGAGGAGAAAGUGCUGCCUUUGUAAUAAUAUCUGCAAACGGCUAGACUUUCUAGUCUUCUCGGAUAAGGACGAUAAACCGUAGGCCCCGUCUCACAAGCCCUUGCACAUGUAUUAAAUCUGUGGGACGUUAAAGAACCCACACACUCUUCGUAAAGAGUAGGGACGUAGUGCCCGGUGUAGUGGCCUAUCUCACUUUCACACUCAUGUAUGGGGGCAUCAUUACUCAUUCCUUCACUACUUGUAAACUGCACCUUAAGCAGUCUGGCAAAGUCCCCCAACCAGUGUUGUAAAUUAUCCCUGAAAAGCCCUGAGGGGAGUGGAUAAUAAGAUAUUUACAAUUAUUUACAAUAGUUUUUUUGUUCCAGUUGAUGUUGGAGAUUGAAGAGCAAGGAUCCAAUAGAAUUACAAUGAACACAACUGUUCUGUCUACUAAGUUACCUCUCCCUAAAUGUGGUAUGUUGAGAAGAACUGUUACAAAAUUACAAUCGGCAACGAAUUGUUUAAUACACGUUUUCGUCCAAAAUGGUCUGUUUUGUUCAUUGAUAACAACCUAAUAAAGACGGUUUUUUGGGAGGUAGAAAGGAGAGGACCAUUUUGAAACAUUGUAAAAAGAGGGAGUUGUUUUUUUUGCUAAAACCCGUUCACUUAAAUUAGAGGCAUUAUACUUUUGCCCUGGUUAGACAAUGACCAAGAUCCGAUUGGGGUGGGGGUGGGGAAGGGUGCAUAUUUGUGUUAAUCCAGCUUCCCAGAGUCUUUGGAUGUCAGUUUGGCAGCUGUUUUUUACGAUUUUUAUGUUAUUGUUGAUUGUCCCGUUUUUAGCAUGAACAUAAUAUGUCUCAUAAUUUUUACAUUAUUAGGAGGCAGCAAAUCAUACAAAAAGCAGAUGCCUGUAUCUGUGAAAGUAGUGGUCAUUGUUAUCCCAGUGCUUCUACUCCUGUUAGUAGGCCUUGGUUUCGCAUUCUACUGUUACAGGAAGCGUGGAAGUGGUCUUCGGUUUCCAGUUCACCUUACUCCAGCUGGUAGCAAAGUUCCUAUGCGGCGGCUUUCAAAUGAGAUUUAA